AUGGCUCCUCGCGUUCACAUUAAGCAACAGCAAACCCGUUCGCAAUCAUGCCGACUUGACAUUCUGAUUGUCGGGGCUGGCCUGGCAGGACUUGGCUCCGCCAUCAGUUGUGCUCUCGCCGGACACUCCGUUCAUAUUCUGGAAGCCGCCCAUGAAAUUAAAGAAGUCGGCGCUGGUAUUCAGGUUCUUCCGAAUAGCUCGCGCGUUCUCCAGCAUUGGGGCCUGGAGAAGGCGUUGGCCCCGCAUAUGACGGUUCCAAGUGUCUGUAAUUUUCUUGGGUGGAAGGGUAACAAGAUCUCCUACUUGGACUUUCAUGAAUCCGAGAGCAAAUACCCUGGGACAUGGUAUCGGGACUUUCACCGUGCUGAUCUCCAGCGGUGUCUGGUUGACAGAGCUCUCGAGCUUGGGGUGCAAAUGACCUGCAAUGCACGCAUCAGAACCGUCCAUGUAAGCGACGACGGGGCCACAGCAGCCGCCAUCGCAGCGGAUGGCAGGCACUGGAAAGGAGAUCUAGUGAUCGGGGCCGACGGCGUGUUUGGAAAGCUGACGGAGGAGCUGCUUGGGCGCAGCGAUCCACCGGUCAAAACGGGGGAUCUCGCAUAUCGCCUAUUACUAUCCACGGAGGACAUGCGAAAAGACCCGGAACUGGCACCUUUUGUGGACAAUCCACAGGUCAACUAUUGGCUGGGCCCAGAUGCUCAUGCUGUGAAUUACGUGCUUCGCGGCGGGGAUCUAUUCAACAUGGUCUUGCUUGUCCCAGACGAUAUCCCGGAGGAUUCCCUCGCAUCGACGAUCGAAGGCAAUGUGGAGGAGAUGUGCGCCUUGUUUGAAGGUUGGGAUCCCCGUAUUCAAAAGCUACUUAAGCUCUGCCAGUCGGUGCAAAAAUGGAGGCUGUGCAUUCGCUUUGGCGAGUUCGAUUGGUCUCAUCCAUCUGGUUCAUGGAUUAUGUUGGGCGAUGCUGUGCAUGCGACCUUGCCGUAUCUAGCUUCCGGGGCUGGUAUGGCCUUUGAAGACGGUGCCGUUCUCGGUGAAUGCUUAUCUCGUCUCCCCGACUGUCCCGAUAUCGCGAAGACGUCGCCCGAGUUCCUGGAUGCCAAAAGACACGCCCUGUCCGUGUUCCAGCAGUGUCGCAAGGAGCGUACAGCGAUGGUAGUAGAUCGAGGAAACAUUCAACAAUAUUUAUACCACCUGCACAACGGCCCUGAACAGCAGGAACGGGAUCGCAAGAUGCAGAUGACACCCACGCCUGAAGGCGAGGCUUUGGCUUGGAGAGAUCCCGGGUUGGCUCCGAAACUAUUGGGAUAUGAUCAUAUUGCGGAUGUGAGUUACUCGCGUGGUGGUCUCCGAGCACAGCUAACAAUGAUCAGGUGGACCGCUAUUGGGGUGUUCGACAAGAGAGUCACAAGGCGGAGUCUCGACUAUAGCUACAAGGUGUACAGUGGAUUUGGAGCGAAUGACCCUCCACGAGGGCUUCCAGCAUCAUGGUAUCGCUCUGAGGCGAUGUAUCAGCUGGAACGCCGAGCUAUCUUCUCCAAGCGCUGGAUUCUCCUCACCCAUUCAAGCCGGUUCAGCCAACAAGGCGACUUCCUCUCCUUCACCGUUGCAAACUUCUCAUUCUUCCUGGUCCAAGAUCGCGACGGCCAUAUCAAUGGUUUUCACAACAUCUGCCGGCACCGCGCAUUCCCGGUCGUUCAAAGUCGUUCAGGAUCGACCUCCAUUCUGAGCUGCAAGUACCAUGGGUGGUCCUACGGACUCAAGGGAAAUCUAGCCAAGGCACCGCGCUUCGAAGCGGUUCCAAAAUUCGAUAAAAGCCAGCAUGGGUUGCUUCCCGUCCACGUUCACAUCGACAAGGCCGGCUUCGUUUGGGUGAAUCUGCAAGCGGGCUCGCCGGAUGUCAGAUGGGAGGACGACUUCCGGAACAUCGACGAGCAACCACGGAUGCAAGAUUUCAAUUUUGCCGGGGAAUACACAUUCGAUCACGAGUGGGAAAUGGAUUUAGACGCCAACUGGAAGGGAGUGAUUGAGAACUACAACGAGUGUUAUCAUUGUGCCACUUCUCAUCCGCUCAUCAGUGGGGUGUCGGAUCUGCCUCGAUAUCGCGUGGAGCCCACAGCGGGAUACAUGGAACAUCACAUCUUCAACAAGGAGCAGAUCGAUGCCCAAUUUAAACGGGCCAUUACUUAUUUCUUCCCAACCACCUCGGUCACCGUCACUGAAAAAUUCUUCUAUAUCCAACGUAUGAUCCCGAUUUCUGCAACCAAGAGCAAGAUUGAGAACGAAGUAUAUCGUCAUCAGGACGCGACGGACAAGGAAUUCGAUGACAUCAACGCCUUUUAUCGACAGGUGCUGGACGAGGAUAAGGAGUUGUGUGUGGGCGCACAGCACAAUCUGGGUGGUGGAGUCUUUGUCAACGGCGAGCUUCACCCGGACAAGGAACAGGGACCGAUCUUUUUCCAGAAGAGGGUGAGGGAGAUGCUCAUGGAGCACCGAAAGAAGGAAGAUCAACAAGGAGGACACGAAAUAUGGCCUGCCCUUCCGAAACAACCUGAAAACUGGACUGAGAAGCAGGCUGAUGAAGAGCGAUUCUGUUCACAAUUACAGGCCGCCGCCUGCACGAACCGGCCAGAGCUGAUAUGGUGA